AUGAGGAUCUCGGUUCAGACAGGAACAUGGUCCUGUGAGACAGCCCACCAGAUGUCCUCACAUAUGUUCAAGAACCAGCCCAGUUCUCCCAGUUCUCCCAGUUCUCCCAGUGCGGCCUCAGUCAGCUGUGACAGGAGGCGGGUCGACCAUCUGAUCAGUCAGCCUGCAGGGGGCGCCGGACUCACCUUCAAAUUCAUGUCAGAGUUUUUCAUCUGGACUCUGAGCUCAGCCUGAACUCUGCUGACCAACACUCCUCCUCCUCCUCCUCCUCCUCCUCCUCCUCCCCAGAGAGGAGGAAGAGGAGGAGGAGGAGGAGGAGGAGGUGAAAAGAGGAAGCCAAGCAGAAAAGAUGAGUGACAGAAAGAAAGAGCAGAGAGGCCCGACGGAGACAAACUAAAAAUAGAAGAAGAGGAGAAGGAAGAGAGAGGAGGUGAAGGAGGAGGAGGAGGAAGAGAGAGAGGAGGAGGAGGAGGAAGAGAGAGGAAGAGAGAGAGAGAGGGGAGGAGGAGGAAGAGAGAGAGAGGAAGAGGUGGAGGAGGAGGAAGAAGAAGAGAGAGAGGAGGAGGAAGAGAGAGGAGGAGAGAGAGAGAGGGGAGGAGGAGGAAGAGAGAGAGGAGGAGGAGGAGGAGUGAUCCUGGGCCUUUAG